GGCUGCUCAUAGAAGGUGCGCUUUCUACAGUUGGGUAGAGUUCCCUGUCUCUGGAUAAGCCCGACGGUAGAUAAACAAAAAGCGUGUCGUGCCGGUCGUGACAGAAACGCGAAGCAUUUCGGCGAGAGAAGAAGAGAAACAAGAAGAAGAAGCGGUAGAAAGUGUGGGAGAAGACGCAGAAGCGGGAUGCAACGAUUUCAACGAAGGACACGAAGUUUCAACGAUUCAGUGACAAGAUGCAGUCAGUUAACGUUUAUCGCGUUCUACAUAUUUUGCAGAUAAUUGCUGUUGUUACGGCCAUCGUCGGAAAAUUGCAGCCUGUCAAACUUUUCGCGGGACGGAAUCGUGCUAUACUAAGGCGGUUUGCCAUCUCUCGUGAAGAAAAAACUAGAGUCUGUUACGAUCUACUCGGUUGCUUUGCGGAUCCGCAGCAGCAUUUAUCGAUAAAACGAGCGCCAGAGCAUCCUAGCAUAAUUCAAACUAGGUUCUUCCUCUAUACACGUGCGGACCGGCAAAAACCGGAACCCUUACAGUACGGGGACGACUUAAAAUCCAUCAUACAUUCCCGAUUCAAUGUCAGCAAGCCUCUCAGAGUGUUGAUACACGGUUUCAAGGGCAGUGGUAGCGACGUCGGUGCAAAACUUGGCAUAAAUUUUCUUCUCGAUAUAGAAGACGCGAAUGUCAUAAUCUUGGAUUGGACGAAGGGGGCGGGCACUUCUUACGGAAAUGCUGUAGCAAAUAGCGAAUUGGUUGGUCGGCAACUGGCUUUGGUGCUUUUAGAUACCAUCAAUUUGGGUGUCGAUCCCUCCGACAUUCACGUGAUCGGUUUUAGUCUUGGCGCGCACGUGGCUGGUUGCGCCUCGGAAGUAUUAAAAAGAAAAAGUCUACUUCUGGGUCGCAUAACAGGUCUCGAUCCAGCAUCACCAUUCUUCAGGCAUCAUCUGUUCAGAGAGAAAUCGAAAAAAUUGGAUGCCACCGACGCCCGUCUCGUCGAUGUCAUUCACACUGAUGGCUCUCAAGAUUUCAUGGACGGUUUUGGCCUACUUAAGCCGAUCGGACAUAUCGAUUUUUUCCCUAACGGCGGUAGAGAACAACCUGGCUGCACCGACAUUAAAAAUUCGGUCGUGGUCAGUCACUUAAAAGAAGAUAUAUUGGACAAGAAUAUAGCGUGUAGCCAUUUACGAGCUUUUCAGCUCUAUAUAGAGAGCAUUCGCUCGCAAAAUGAGAAAUGCAAAUUCAUUGCAUGGCCUUGUUCACAAGGAGGAAUAUCCUAUGCAAAAGGAACAUGCUUCCCUAUGGAAUUAACGAAUUGGAAUCAAGAGAUGGGUUAUGCGGCUAAUCGUGGACCAUUGGGAAGUUAUUAUUUGACGACUAAAGCCGAAACACCGUUUUGCGGUGAACCAGUCAGGGCAUCAAUAAUGACGUCCGAAGAUAUGUUAAAAACAUCUGGUACAUUGUUCUUCAGAAUCUUUCUUGCUAAUUCUACAACGCUCUUCAAAAUUCAAUGCACAUUAUCCAAACAAAUAAACGAACGAAUGAUAUUUUAUAACAUUGCGGCGGUGGAUUUUGACUCGUUAACAAGAGAUACUGCAUCGAUUACCGGUGUUAUCUCAUAUCAGCGCACUGCUAACGAGACAGAGGAAGAUGCUGCACAAGAUCCCGAUGCAGACAUAAUACUUUUCAAUAAACUAAGUUUGGAAGAUCGUAAAGGCCAUAUGUGGGAAUAUUGCAGAACGAAUACUGCAAUUAAUUCACACGAGCUACACGUAGAAUUGAAAAAUGAACGCUGUACACUGUCGUAAAAUAUCUCUGCCACGACAUGACAGUUCAAUGUUCGAAUAAAAGUGGUCUGCAUUG